AUGGACGGACUGGCUAAGUGGCUGUUCCGGCGUCUCAAGUUCCUGACCGCUGAGUCAGACACCUCGGUCUCUUCGUCAGCAGAAUUCCUGGAGAAACUCAAAGGGGUAAGCCUCCAUCCAAAUGAGGUCAUGGUAUCUUUUGAUGUUACAUCCCUUUUUACUUCUAUUCCCCAAGACCUGGCGAUCGAGACAAUCGAUCUGCUUCUACAAAGCAAAUACGAUGAAACGGAGAAUCGUCUUGGACGCGCCCAAGUCCUUCAGCUCCUGAAGUUCUGUCUCAGGACGUACUUCACGUUCGACGGGACAAUCUACGAACAGGUGAAGGGUACACCAAUGGGUUCGCCGAUUUCGGGGUUCAUCGCCGAGGCGGUCCUGCAACGGUUAGAAUCGCUGGUCUUCCAACACCACAGACCGAAGUUCUGGACCCGGGUUCCGGCCACACCUUCAAAUUUGACGAGGCCGAAAUUCUCGCAAGAGGUAACAACCGCGUGA